CAGGCCUACCUAAUCUGGGUAAGAAAAAAAUAAAUUCUUCCCUCUCUCUCUUUUUUUUUUUUUUUUUUUUUUUAGCAGCAGAAAUCAUGAAUAUGGAAGCUCAUUCUAGUAAUUACAACUCAUCGCAACCACCACCACCUGCUGCUGCUAAAUGGAUACAAGACAACGAAGACAGUGAUACUGACCAAGUUGGUUUAGUUGCUCAUAACCGAGGCUAUAAACUGAAGAAAUGGGCACCAUCCGAUUCUCAGUUUGGAGGAAAUAAAUUACGUGCACCAAAGACACUUGCGGAAGAAACAGAGUUUACAAAAGGAGGAAAGAAAAGAACGAUUGUAAAGAGAAAGAAGAGAAGAUUAGAAGAUGGUAUAUCCGAUGAAGAAGAAGAUCCUUAUACCCUCAUCAACAUUGAAGAUAUCCUGAGUCCAAUCGAAUUACCGACCGACAUUGUACGUCGACCCGCUCUAAGAAGAAUUCUACUCUCUACCCAGAUUGACGCUUUAGCCAGAACAUCCAUGGAGUUUAUUGAAGGCGAAAAGAACUUUAACAAGAUCUUGUGCCGUCUUUCUGCCAUUAUGCAUCAUGACGAUCCUCGUUAUUUGGACCUGACGUUUGAUCGUACCUUGGAACAGCGCAAGAAAUACAAGCAAGAUGUGGAAGCUGCCAGUCAAGCGGCUGCCACUCUAAGCCAAGCCCCCGCUUCGUCCGAAGACGACGACAACGACAACGACAAUGACGAUGACGACGACGUGGUGGAGGCAUUGGAUCCAAAAGUGUUGGAUGCCGAAGUUGUAGCCACCAUUAAAGAAAUUGAGAAUCAGGAUGAGCAUGUAGAUACCGAAGUCCAAGAGGUUGUGAAAAGAGUGAAAGAGUUGUUAUUAGAAAAUAUCAAUUAUAGCAACGAAUAUAUAUCUCGUCUUCAAGGAGCUCGUAAUAAAUUAUGUAAAGCCAGUAUGCAAAAAGAGACUUUAUGGAAAGAAUUAAAAGCCAAUGCAAAAGAAGAAGAUUUACGAAACAAGGCAUCCUUUGUCAACACCACAACCAAUAGCAGCAGCUCAUUUCACUGAAAAAAAAAAAAAAUAAUAAUAUAUAAAUAUAUCUAUUUUAUUGAAA